AUGGGUCAAAGUUUGAAACAUCGAAUUUCGCGGCAAAAAAGCUCUCCAAUAGGCGACGAAAUGCGUCAAAUCGCAUCUCUACGGUUUAUUUAGUUGUUGAGAUGUCUAAAACCUAUAAGAUGCUAUUUUCCUCUUAGGGCAAUAAUAAAAAAUUAUGCUUCUUUUUCUUAUCGCUUCAAUCUAAAAUAAUGUGGAAUUCUAGAAAAGUUUGGAAAAUUCGCCGGAUGUCAUCCAGCAGAGAAUUUUUUUGAUGAAAGAAACCAAUUCCCAACACGCCGAUUUUGUUCUCAAAAUCUUCUAGGCGUUUGCAUUUUGUUCAAAGUUCUCUCCCUUCUAACAUAGUUUGCUGGUCGCAGUCUCACAGCUUCUGGAACAGAUUCUGAGCAAAGAAGAAGGUGACGAUUAUGGAAACCUUCUUUUUUCAGUGUUUUUUUAAGCCAUUUAUUGUUUGAGGAGGCAGUAAUAUUUUUUUGUUAGAACUAUUUUUUUAAAGCAUUCGAUUGUUGGAAAAAAAAAUCAACUUUUAAUGAGGAUUUUUUUUAGGACAAUACAUUUUUCUGUGUGGUUUGAUUACAAAAAAACCUUUCUGCAAUCAAGGUUCAGGAAAGGCGAUUCAAAUUCGACUUGUCCAAUCAAGUUUAUUUUUAUUUAACGUUUGAUCGCAUGCAAAUAGCAAAAAAAUGAACAUUUUAUUGUAACUUCUUUUUGUGCAAAAUUUUUAAAAAUUUUUCAAAGUGCGAAUUUUGUAAUGGUCAAAGCUGUCCUCAGAUUUUAAAAGAGUUUCUUGAUUAAACAAACAUUCGUGUUGUUCUGUAUCCUGGUUCCUUUUGAAAAGCUUAAACUUAUAAAAAAAAACGAAAUGGGAAAAAUUUCUUCAUAAAACGUUAUCAGGUAGUAAAGACCAAAACCUAUCUCACAAUAACCAACUGGUGAUAAGAAAUCAAGCGACGUUGCCAGUCGUAGUGUCAUUUCGGCCACCAGUUGGUCACGUUGCACUUGCGUACUCUUACUUUGUUUUCCAACUACAGGUUAUUUUCAUAAUUACACUUACAGUUUCAAAAUUCUUCUAAAUAACCUUCAGAAUUUUAAACAAGAAUUUCUAAAUUGUCUAGAAAAGAUCGUUUCUUUACUCUUUUUUUUUUUUAAAAGAAGAGAAUUUUUGUCAAGUUAUUUUUGCAUUAUGAGUCAUUACUUUCCCUUCUCUCUCACUCUUAUAUUUUUGCAGCGGCUGAAUUUCUCAUUGUUUCUAAAUGUUUCCAACCUCAAUUGGGAUUUUUUAAAUUUCAAUGUUCAGAAAAUGGAAGCCGUUCCUGUCAUCGAUGAAGAACUCUCUCUGCUCAACUCCAAGGAGUGCGAGGCUUCUGCCAUCGCAAUUUUGAAGCAAAUCAGGCCAGACUGGCCGGAAAAGUCUAUCCAGUUCAAAGUUGCCUUUUUUCGUUUAACCAUUCAGUUACUUUUCAUAUUUAGGUUUACACAGCUGGUAUCACCAACAAAAUAUUUGCCGUUUACGUUGACCCUGCAGAACAAUUGAUUUUCCGUGUAUUUGGCAAAAACACAGAACAAAUCAUAGACAGGUUUGUGUUACAUUUUUGUGAGUGUAGUGUGAACUUCAAGCUCUGAAGUUUUUUUAGAAUAUUUCCUUUGUUUGAAAUCAUUUCUUGCUUCUUUUUACCACAUUGGGUGAUGGACUAUUUGCAGGAAAGCUGAACUGGAAUCGUGGAAAAAACUAGCUAAAUUUAAAAUGGCGGCUCCUUUGUUUGCUCAUUUCAAAAAUGGGCUUGUUUGUGGAUAUCUCGAAGGAGACACUUUAGAAGUGCAACAACUAAGAGAUCCAAAAAUACAAAGGUAAAAGAGGUUUUUAUUUGCAAUAAUCUUUAUUUUUGAGAUCAAUUGCUCGCAAAAUCGCACAGUUGCAUAUGACCGUUCCACACAGCAAUGAGGCUUCUCUUUUUCCCAAGAUGCGACAGUUUCGCAAAGCUUUGAAAGAAAAUUUCGAGGAUGAAGAAAAACAAGUAAGAUAAUAAGUCUAGAACCUCACAGUAGCUUCCGUGAACGGGUGUUUUCCAUUCUGAAGCUUUUUUUCCAGUCUAAAAUUUAUUUGGUAGUACAACUAUGAACAUAUUGAAUAUCAAUUUUUCAGAAAGUUUUUGACACGGAAUUCACAGAGGAUCUAUGCUCCUUGAUCGACUCUCUAGAGGAAAAAAUAAAACUUCUAAACGAGAAACUGGCUUUCUGUCAUAAUGAUCUUCUCGUACACAAUAUUGUUAUGAACAAAGCUGGUAAGACUCUGAGUUUCCUAUUCUCGAAAUCGCUUCUCACUAGGGGCUAUCAAUUUUAUCGACUACGAAUACGCGUCGACAAACUUCGAACUCUUUGAUCUGGCGAAUCAUUUCUGUGAGCACGCUGGUGGGUAUUUCGAUCAAAUAAUUUCUGAUUUGUGAAAAAAAAUUUUAUUUUUAGUUUAUAAGAAAGAAGAUACUACGCCUAUGUCUCCAAAAUUUCUUUCAAGAUCUUCUAAAAGUUUUGGGAAUUUGAUACAGGGCAGCUUUUUAUUUAUAAAUCAGAAUUAUCCGAAAAUUCGUGUUCAUGGUAUGGAAAUCUCGAUUUCAAUCUUGAUCUUAACUCUUUAGAUCACAAUUUUUUAAAUCGAACUUAUCAAGGAAAAAAAUUAUAUCAUGUACAAUCAAUUCAGUAAAUUUAAUUGAACUACUUUCUAAUUGUCGUCUUCAGGUGUCACCGAUCCAAACUACGAUUUGUGCCCUGAUAAGGCACAGAAACUUGUCUUCUUGUAUGAUUAUCUGAAAGCGCGACAUGAGGUAGCCGACGAGAAACGACUACGCGAAAUGAUAGCCCGAACCCCUCUUUUCGAAGCUGUUAGUUCUCUUUUCUUUUUCAAAAGUAAAUGUUAAAACAGAAAAAAAACCAUAAAUUCCAAUUUUCAGCAUGAGCGUGACUUGUUUUUACAAGGUUCUAUUGCGUACUUCUGUGAAUAAUUACUUGUUUUUCCUAUUUGAAGCAAAAACUAAAACCUAUUGCACUCUCUCUCAUUUUUUACUGACGUCAAUUCGUUUUUAAUUUCCGAAAAUUUUCGCCAACAACAUUUUAUGAGACGUGAGCCAAUUGUUAUGCAAACGAGGUCCUGCGGAAAUUUAAAAUACUCAUUUUAUGAAAUGACAUCAUUUUUUGACACCAUCCACAUUAUGUUUUUCUGAAGGUUCAGUAGACUUUGAAAAAUACAGAUCAAAAUCUAAUGGAUAAAGACUUUCGGGAUUUGAUACAUUUUUGGCCGAUAUUGGUUGAGGACAAGAAUUUCCUACAAAAAAGGCUAACUAGUGAGAUUUAUUUUUACGACCAAUUUUGCUAUAAUUCCCUUGACCCCUCAAAAAGCUUGGUUUAUCUGAACCUCAUAAGAAGAAAAGUUAGAACGCUUCAUCGUUCCAAUCCCUAAAAUUGGAAAAUGAGAUGAGUUUGGUUGAAAAAUGGACGGAACACUCGCGUUUUUUGCUCACCCACGCUUUAACUGUCCAUUUGGGAAUUGAGUGCCCUCAAAAGUUCUCUGCGACUUUUUUGAACGUCGUUUGCUCAGUUCUCAUGACGUGAUUUUUAGAUAGCACUCAUUUUUUGAGCCGCUUUGGAGGACUUUAGAGUUUGGAAAAGUCUUUUGGAAACGUCUAAUCUAGGGCCAGUUUUCUUUGGUCAAAAAUAAGUACCUAGUAUUUUAUAAACAUAUAACUGGGAAAAUAUCAUUUAUUUUGAAGUUUCGGUAUGGUGAGUCUUUAAGGCACAAAAAGCGAUUUUGAACGAAUUAUACUCAAACGCCCAAAACAUUUUGAUUCCGAGACUUCAGUACAGCAUGCUCAAAGUCGUACUUACUUCCCAUUUAUAAGCAAAUCACAGAUGAAAGCUCUUUAACCUAAUAUUCAACCUUCAUUUAGAGGCCAUCCAGCGGGAAAAUGCAAAAAGACAAAUCUGCCACCGUAAAUCUCGCGUCCCGCAUUUCAAAACGUCGUGUAGUCGCCAACGCCGACUAGUACGAACGCUAUUAUUAGCGCUUGCUUCUUCUCUAAAAGUCGCGGCUCAGUACUCGCGUGCAAAAAACUAGAAGAGCAGUAGCCAGUUAUAAAUCAUGCUUGGAACGUUCUGAAAACCUUCGACGAUUCUGAGUUGAGUAAUGAGUCGUAUCAACGUACUGCCAUCUCUAAGCUCCCCUGGACACCUUCAAAAAGAUAAAAACACAAGUUCAGCAUUCGAAACGAUUUUUGUUGUCUUUUCUUUAAUCCGCAUUUUUCGAUCGUUUGCAUAGCAAAAAAAAUGUUGGCCUUUGAAUCGUUCAAAAAAUGAAAGAAUCCAUACUAAAGAUUUUCUCAAAAAUCUUUGAACUCCUAGUUAAAUUGUGAAGAUAGGUCUUCUUUUCACGACGACACAUUUUCAGGCCUCUCAUCUUUUCUGGGCACUCUGGGCUUUGGUCCAAUCUCAGUAUUCGACUAUCGAUUUUGACUAUUUGGGGUAAAACGCUCAGCAAUUGUGUCAACUCAUUUCAACUUCCAGAUACGCUGUCUUGCGAUUCCAGCAGUACCGUAAGCGGCUAGCCAAAUACGAUUCGCAGCUGUGA